UGAAAGCUCCAAACAGACACUUAGCUUAAUUAACUCCUCUAGGAAAAGAAAAGACCUAAAUAUAUAUAUAAAAAACGGAAUUUAACAGAAAGAAAUGUCAGCCAGCCGCCUUCUUGAACAGAGACCGAAAGGCCAAGGGAACAAAGUGCAAAACGGAGCUGUUACCCAAAAGGAGACUCUAAAUGAUGAUGAGUUUGAACCUUAUCUGAACACUCAGCCCAGACAGAGCAAUGCCUAUACGGCCAUGUCAGACUCCUAUAUGCCCAGCUACUACAGCCCCUCCAUAGGAUUCACCUACUCGCUGAAUGAAGCGGCGUGGUCUACGGGUGGCGACCCCCCAAUGCCUUACCUGGCCUCUUACGGACAGCUUAGCAAUGGGGAGCAUCACUUCCUCCCGGACGCCAUGUUUGGCCAGUCGGGGGCGCUGGGGAGCAACCCUUUCCUGGGACAGCACGGUUUCAACUUCUUUCCCAGUGGGAUCGACUUCUCAGCCUGGGGAAACAGCAGCUCUCAGGGACAGUCCACUCAGAGUUACGCCUAUGCGCCAAGCUCGCUAGGAGGCGCUGUGAUUGACGGACAGUCUCCCUUUGCAGCUAAUGAGCCGCUCAACAAGGCCGUGGGGAUGAAUAGUUUGGACCAGGGCAUGGCUGGGCUUAAGAUAGGUGCAGCAGGGGGGGAUAUGACUCCUAAAGUCGUUGGUUCCGGACUUCCCGGUGGCCCACUCAGUCAGGUUUCGGCAGCUCCUAGCAUGCCUGCAGCGUCCAUCGCGCCUGCUAAAGCAGCUUCCUGGGCAGAUAUUGCUAGCAAACCAGCCAAACCACAACCCAAGCUCAAGACCAAGGGUGGACUAGGUGGAACAAAUCUUCCACCCCCGCCAAUAAAACACAACAUGGAUAUUGGGACUUGGGAUAAUAAAGGGGCGGUGCCUAAAGCAGCCACUCCUCAGCAAACCGCAAUGCCCACCAAUGGACAGCCGCCCAAUCAGGCAUCUCCUCAGCCUGGCACCACCGCUGGAGGUGUGCCACAGCUUCCAAUGAGCAAUGGACAGCUGGUGCACCCGACUGGUCAAAUUGUGCAGCACCCACAACCUCUAAAUGGCCAGCAAGGCUUGGCUCAGCAUCCUCAACUUUCCCAAGCUCCUCCUCAAGCUCCUCCACAACAGUCUCAACCUACCCGCUGGGUACCGCCACGUAACCGUGCCAAUGGAUUCGGUGACACGGUGGGCGGGGCAGGGACAGGCCAGUCGCCUCCCAGCGCUGGACUAGGUGGAGUCCCAGUGCAGUCGGAGCCUCACCCAGUUCUGGAGAAGCUCCGUCUGGUCAACAACUACAACCCGAAGGACUUUGACUGGAACCCCAAGCAGGGUCGCGUUUUCAUCAUCAAGAGUUACUCCGAGGAUGACAUCCACCGCUCCAUCAAGUACAACAUCUGGUGCAGCACAGAGCACGGGAACAAGCGUCUGGAUGCGGCGUACCGCUCUCUGGGCGGAAAAGGCCCCCUCUACCUGCUUUUCAGUGUCAACGGCAGUGGCCACUUCUGCGGCGUAGCGGAGAUGCGAUCGCCUGUGGACUACAACACCUGCGCCGGCGUGUGGUCGCAGGACAAGUGGAAAGGGCGCUUCGACGUGCGCUGGAUCUUCGUCAAGGACGUUCCCAACAGCCAGCUGCGGCACAUCCGCCUGGAGAACAACGAGAACAAGCCCGUGACCAACUCGCGCGACACGCAGGAGGUUCCCCUCGAAAAAGCGCGGCAGGUGCUCAAGAUCAUCGCCAGCUACAAGCACACCACCUCCAUCUUUGACGACUUCUCGCAUUAUGAGAAGCGCCAGGAGGAGGAGGAGAGUGUGAAAAAGGUGGAGGUGCAGGGGAGCGAUCCGUACUCAAGUAACCCAAGCCGGAGUCACUACAGACUGCAGGAUCGUCAAGGACGUGUCAAGUAAAGAGCUGCUGGUUUGGGCAAAAGACUGACAUGGUCCUGCUCUCCAUACACCCAGAUCUUUUCACUGAUUAUACCGGGGAAAGACUUUACCGAGGAUUCAAAACAAGAAAACAAAAAAAAGAAUGGAAAAAAAACUAAAUGAAGACUCUUCUCUUAAUUUCUGUUGACUUAAAAGACUUGCUUUGAACUUGUAGUAAAAAAAAAGAAAGAAACGAUUAUUCAUAGGACUACAACUUAAUAAUUCUAUAGGAUUCUUAGGUGACCAUUUUUCCCUCCUUUUUCCAUCCCAUCUGUUUCGCUGCCUCCUUCUUUAUCUGACUUUUUUUGUUCAGUUGGUGGUGUUUUUUUUUUUUUUUUUUUUUUUUUUUUUUUCUCUCUCUCUUCCAAGUUUUUAAAGAAAAUCUGUUUUCACGGUCUGAGAGCAAAGAUGUGGCCUCUUCCUCACUAGAGUGAAGUUUUUUUUUUUUUUUUGGAUUCUGUCUGUGCAGCAGUCUGUUUCAUUUAUUUGUUUAAAAGCAAAAGAAAACCCUCCCCCCUUUUUAUUGGUCUUGAAAAAAAAUCAGGCAGGAUGCACAGCAGGUGUGGCCUUCUGAACAUUGCAUUGUGGGUAAUUCUAUGGUAUUCUGUGCAAAGUGUCAAAGGAAAUAAAGAUAUAUGUCCUAAUCUUUUCUCUCCCUUAAGAAUGGAAAGAAAUGAGAAAACAUGAAUGUUCAGGAUUUUGUUUGUUUUUCUCCCCCUUGUUAUCACUCAGAUGGUCAGGUUUAAGGAGAAGCCAGAUUUGUUCAGUUUAGGCGUUUGUCAUUUUUAUGGUGUGCAGAAAUGGGAGGAGUCAUCUCGGCUUGUUUUCUGUUUUCCACUUUUUCUUCAACUUUAAAAACAACUAGUCGCUAUGGGCUCUUUGUCAUCCAGUUUUUGUUAGUUUUUUUUUUUUCUUCUUCUCCGUUUCUUUAGACAGCAUCGAGGUGGGCCAUGGACCCUCUCUUUCUAUUACUCAGUUCAUCGAAAUAAAUGUGGUAUACUCAGCAGAACAUGUGUGUGCAUUUUCCCCCUUGUUUGACUAAAAUGCUCCCUCGCCGUGCACACUAACCCUCGAUCUCCCCUUCGCCCUCCCUCGCUCCCUUCACUCUGCCGCCUGCGCACUCCACCCACCCGUCCCUUCCUGUAGUAUGUUAAUGUUGGUGCAUUUAAAGGAGUCCUGCAAAAACUUCUUCUGGCAUUGAUCAGUGGCAGAAUAAAAAAAGCUGCUAAAAAGA